AUGGAGGUCUCCAGGUUCUCUAACUUUUCCAUCGACCACAUCUUGACGCGCUCUGGAGACUUGGAUCAGCGUUCCCGGUCAUUGGACACCAACAACAACGGCACAUCUCCACCUGGAAUGGGAUCUCACUUUUACAACUCUGGCCAUGCCAUGGGACUGACUGAGUUUCGGGCAUAUGGGAUGCCAAUUGCGCUUCCACUCUACAAGAUCAGCCCGCCGGGCUACCCGUAUUGCACAGACUGCUACUACUAUGGCGCCACUUUGCCAAACCACCCGGAUUCCUACAUGUACGAAACAGGGCCUCUGUCUGAUCCGGUGUGUUGCCCACACGUAGCCAACCCACGACAGCGCAGCAGAAUGCGCACGGUGUUCACGGAGUGCCAGACCAAACAACUGGACCAUCUCUUCAGCCUCACCGACUACCCUAGCGUGGAGGCCCGGGCACAACUGGCCAGAAACACCGGCCUCUCGGAGGAAACAGUCAGGGUCUGGUUCAAGAAUCGCCGUGCUCGUCGCAAGAGACAGAACAUCCGCACCAAGAGUCCCGGUUCGUCCAGCAGCGACGACCGUGAGGAGCCCCAGUGGGGUCGUCAGAUUCAAGACAUGCACGGGGUCAAGAGGAUGGCUCACAUUCUGUAGGGAUUAUUCACUGGCCAACCAAAUGU